GUAGAUUCUCAUAGCGACCUGGCGACCUUGAUGCUUUCACUCGCCUCCUGGCCGGGCGUGUGCAUGGCGCCGGACUCCCGAUGGCCGAGGACAGCAGGGCGGUGCGCUGUAACGCAUGGUGCACGCUGAUCUGCGGUGCCUUGGCCGCCCUGCUAGCUGCCUAUGCCUGUCUCGAGCCGGUCACCGCGCUCUUCGUGCCGGAGGUGGGCUGGUUCCUGCUGGUGCCCUCCUUGUUGAUCCUUCUCUUGGGCCUCAUCAGCUGCGUGUCGAGCGGACGCUCCAAGCUCUUCCAGUCGUGCGCUGCAUCGACCAAUGGCGAUCUGCCCAGUCCCAGCUGGCGAUCUUCACUUUCUUGCUGGCCACUCUGCUGGCAGCGGCGGGAGUCUUCUCCUUCCACUAUGUGGCCGCUGCGAGCCAUUGGGUCUUCGAGGGAUGUGUCAUGUACCGGACCGAGGGCAUCUGGAGCAAGAGCCGCAUCCAAGAGAAGCUCCAAGUGGCACACGAACAGUAUGAAGAGCUGAGCUGCAGCUACAAGAGGUGUCGCCUUCUGAACCCCCUGACGCUGGAUUUGGCCGACUGCGGCCCUCGGGCGCGCUGCAAAGGUGGCUCGCGCGUGGAUCGUUUGCGCUUCUAUGGUUGGAUGCGGCAUCUGCAGGUGACCUUCCAUUGUGGCGGCUUUUGCCGUGCGGAGGUGCCGAUGUUUGGUCUCACCACCAUGGAGGAAACGCUCCACGAGCGGCCAGCCUGCGUGGACAGCGUGGUGGACCUGCUCCAGAUGGCCGGCAGACUCCUGGGUGCGGUGGCAGUGCUGCUGGCGGUGCCCGUUGGUCUUGCGGCACUACGCCUGGCCUGUGUAGCAGCGGUGGAGGAGGAAGAGGAGAGCGGCUCCGAGACCGCCCCACUGACGAGCCGGCGGACCAUGGGUCCGCGAGUGCAUGCGGACGAGGACUCUUUGUGAGGCGACGGUGCGGUGGACCGUCCAACGGCCCCCGAGGAACGACGCGGCGGAACCUCGGACGACGCGGGACCGAGGUCCCGGUGGUGCCGUGUGAGAACCGAGGAGCGAGCUGGAAAA